AUGUCCGAAAAUGCAACGCUACCAUUGGAGUCCCUUCAUUCCAAGUACAGAGGCUCUCCCAGCCCGGAAGUAGACUCUGCCUGGGAGCACAUAACGACAACACACCUGUUUCCCUUGUCGCGGGAAGAGGUCAUCAAAAUGGGCAAGGAUCCAGACUACACGGUGCUCAUGCCAGAAGAGUUCGGUUUCGGCGCUGGCAUGCACGCGGGAUUCAUGGAUGUUUUCCACAACAUUCACUGCCUGGAUUUCCUCAGAAGGGAGGCAUACUCUGACUAUUACGGUGCUUCUGCCAAGUCUCCACUGGGCAAGCAGCACCUCGACCACUGUGUAGAGAUCUUACUAGAAGAUUUUCUCUGUCGACCGAACAUGGAGGUCAUCACUUAUAGGUGGAUGGAUCAGCAUCCCAUGCCGGUCCCGGAUUUUGUUCAGAACAAAAAGUGCUGGGACUUCGAAAAGGUGAUUGAGUGGAAGGAGACACAUAGUCAUAUUAAUGACAGAGGAUACUAUGAAGAUUACUAUGUCAAACUUCGGGAUCAAGUCAAACAGACGCCCCUUACACCGGCGUGGGAGGAGUUGACUAAAGAGGAAGCACUAUGGCUUGCCCACAACCCCAAGGAUCAUUCUGAUUCUCAUUCUCACUCUGAUUAG